UUUAACCCUUAACUGCCUUAUUAACAGUGAAACGUGACCGUGUCCAGUCAGUCAGUCGACGGCGGUGUGUGAGCAACUGAGCAAAGAUGGGCUUUCUCCCGGACUUUUCCAUCGAGACCUGGACUUUAAUAGUGAUUUUCAUCACUCUGGUCGCAGUAUAUGGAUACGCUCCUUAUGGCUUUUUCAAGAAAUUAGGCAUCCCUGGACCCAAACCUAUGCCCUUUAUUGGGACAUUUUUGGGGUACAGAAGGGGCGUCCACAAUUUCGACACAGAAUGCUAUCAGAAAUAUGGAAAUAUGUGGGGGUGUUACGAUGGCAGGCAGCCUUUACUGGGCAUAAUGGACACAGCUAUGAUCAAAACCAUCUUGGUUAAGGAGUGUUAUUCUGUCUUCACCAACAGACGGGAUCUGGGCCUAAACGGACCAUUACGUGACGCUGUAUCAGUAGUAGAAGAUGAGCAAUGGAAGAGGAUUCGCAGUGUACUCUCUCCGUCAUUCACCAGCGGACGCCUGAAAGAGAUGUACACGAUAAUGUUGCAGCACUCAAGUAAUCUGAUCAAGAGCCUUCACAAGAAAGUAGAGGCAGAUGAAGUCAUAGAAGUUAAAGAAGUGUUUGGACCUUACAGUAUGGAUGUCGUGACCAGCAGUGCCUUCAGCGUGGACAUUGAUUCCAUCAACCAUCCCUCUGAUCCUUUCGUAGCAAACAUUAAGAAAAUGGUCAAGUUCAACUUCCUGAAUCCCCUGCUUGUGCUUGUGGUUCUGUUUCCAUUCUUGGCGCCACUUUUUGAGAAGAUGGAUAUGUCAUUCUUCCCUGCUGAAGUGUUGACUUUCUUCUACAACUUUCUAAAGACGAUCAAAUCAGACCGGCAUAAGAAUGAGCACAAGAGCCGAGUGGACUUCAUGCAGUUGAUGGUGGACGCUCAGACGUCAAAUGACAACAAAGAGGAUAAGAGCUCCUACAAAGGACUGACUGAUAAUGAGAUCCUGUCUCAGGCCAUGAUAUUCAUCUUUGCUGGCUAUGAAACCAGUAGCAGCACACUGGGAUUUGUAUCCUACUGCCUGGCAACCAACCCUCACACCCAAAAGACCCUGCAAGAGGAGAUUGAUGAAACUUUCCCAGAAAAGGGUCGGCCAACCUAUGAAGCCCUGAUGCAGAUGGAAUACCUGGACAUGGUGCUGAAUGAGUCCAUGAGGCUUUACCCGAUUGCUAACCGAUUAGAGAGAAUAUCAAAGUCUUCAGUGGACAUUAACGGUGUGACCAUCCCUAAAGGAACUGUCGUCAUGGUGCCAGUUUACACUCUCCAUCGCGCCCCUGCUUUGUGGCCUGAGCCUGAGGCCUUCAAACCUGAAAGGUUCAGCAAAGAGAACAAAGACAACAUCGAUCCCUACGCCUUCCUACCGUUUGGAGCAGGGCCAAGGAACUGUAUUGGCAUGCGGUUUGCUGUCUUGAUGAUGAAGCUGGUCAUUGUGGAGAUCCUUCAGGACUUCAGUUUUGUCACUUGCAAGGAGACAGACAUUCCAAUGGAGCUGGGAAAUGAUGGAUUUACCACACCCAAGAAUCCCAUCAAACUGAAGCUGGAGCCCAGAGCAACCGCUGCCGAUCCUCCCUCAAGCUAAUUUUGAUUAGUCAGGCUGUUCUCAUACACUGUUAGUAGCUAUAUCUAUGAAAAAUAAUGCACUGUAAUCCCCAAAUAUCACACAAAAUCAAUUUGUAUUUAAUCAACGUGAACCAGGAAGUUUAAAGAGCGACAAACGCCGUGUAGGGAGGUGUUGUGGGUGGAUGCAUGGGUCCAAAAACACCGGACUUUCAUCUUUCAGCUUCCGUAUUUAAGUAACGCCACUUCUGUUGUUAUUUUAACAUAAAUGUUGACUUAUUUGUCACUUAACUUCCGUUCUUUAGUUAUGCCACUUCUUUAGUUAUUUUACUCAAAUGUUGACUUAUUUGUCACGUAAUUUCUAUACUUAAGUUACGCCACUUCCUUAGUUAUUUUACUCAAGUGUUGACUUAUUUGUUACGUAAUUUCUGUACUUAAGUUACGCCACUU